AUGACUUUAAGAGACCUGAUACUGGAAAUUUUCUUCAUCUCUCAGGUUAGUGUUGGGGUUCUGGGGAACUCAGCAUUGCUCUUGGUGUAUUUCAAUAUCUUCAUCUAUCAGCCCAGGAAGAAGAAACCCACAGAUCUGAUCCUCACCCACCUGACUAUGGCCAACAUGGCGAUACUAGCUAUCUGUGUGGUCCAAGUGAUGGUUACCUUUGGGAUGAAGGAUAUUCUGGAUGAUAUUGGGUGUAAAAUUGCUUUGUACAUUAAUAGAGUGUCACGAGGCCUUUCCAUCUGCACCACAUGUCUCCUGAGUGUGUUCCAGGCCAUCACCAUCAGUCCCGGUACCUCCUGCUGGGCCUGGCUCAAACCCAAGGCUACUGGUUACAUCGUCCCUUCUUUCCUCUUCUUUUGGAUUCUCAACAUGGCAAUAUACACCGGAAUGAUUACGUCUGUUCAGGCCACUAAAAAUGUCACCGUCACGGGACACACUUUGAUUUCCAAAGGCUGUUCUACUAUGCCAAGCGUGAAUUAUGUGAUUGUCACUGUAAGCCUCACAUUUGUGACUUUUCGAGAUGUCUUCUUUGUGCUCAUCAUGAUGUGUGCCAGUGUCUACAUGGUGAUUGUGCUCUAUCGACACCGCAAGCAAGUUCAACACCUCCACAGCACCAGUCUCUACCCCAGAUCCUCGGUGGAGACCCAAGCCAUCAAAACCAUCCUGCUCCUGCAUAUUUCAUUGUUCCUGAUGUGA